AUUUGAGGUUUCUCUCUGUUAAACAAACGCACGCUAGCUGCUGUAGUGGUAAGGUGACAGUCAAUUAGACAAGUCGCAGUUACUGCUAACGUUUUACGCUAACGCCAAACUUUUUACGUUGCGGCAUGCUUAAUUUUGUAUAUUUCACAUUGAAAGGAUAUAAAAUUAUUGUGCUGUUGUGUUUAAGUGCAAAUUAAUUUGGAUUAUCUAACUCUUUGGAUUUAUUCACAUUACAUCAUCGAGAGACCAUAAGUUCAUUAUGAAGCUAGCUCCAGGCCCGUUACCCCCAAUCCCUACCGCUGCAACAAUGGACCGUCUACCACUCCCUCUCCCUUUCAGUCCAGAUCUACUGUGGCGAUACCCCUUGGGAUUUUCCAACGUCACGCAACAACCUCCGUCAUCCCCUUUAAUGGAUUACAAAAGCCAACUGCCGACAAGCCUCGCAACCGAUCCUCGCGUGUGGUCCAGAGAAGAUGUCAUCUCCUUCUUGCGUUGGGCAGAAAGGGAGUACGAUCUCCAACCAAUCGACAUGGAUAUGUUCCAAAUGAACGGAAAAGCAAUGUGCCUUUUGACGAGAACUGACCUGUCGGAAAGAGCGCCAGGUUCAGGUGACGUUUUACACAACGUCCUUCAACUGCUAGUGCGAGAAGCGAACAUAGUGCAACGUUGCCUCCCAUCAAGUCCCGUAACGCCCACAUCACGUCACGCGUAUCCUCUAUCGCCACAUUCCCAUCCACCAACCCCUAACUGGAAUAUGUUGACUCAAAACGGUUGUGAUUUCCACUCGACGCACGCGGCCACAUUAGCGGCACACUUAAUGGCACAAAGCAAUUCCGUCACACUAAGCCCCGCGCCAUCAGUUGAUAGUCAAGCGGGAAGCCCUCAACAUGCGGAAGCCUGUCAGCAACCUGCAUACGGACACUUCAGUAGCGGUAGUAAUGGCAGUGCUAGUGGGAGUAACCAGUCCGAUUCAGACGAAGACAGUUUCCCAGAUAGUGGGAAAAGUGCUCAAAACAAUACUAGUCCACCAAAUACACCAAGUGCUUUCACAUUAGUCCCUCCCGCCCAUUACAUGCCCCCCAAAAGUCCAAAAGAAGCUGUCUCUAGUCCAAUAUUCAAAACGAUGGCAAGAGAAUUCUUCCCAAGCGAAUCACCGGAACCAAACACAAACGGCCGAUUACUGUGGGACUUCCUGCAGCAGCUCCUCAACGACCCCAGUCAGCGAUACACCAGCUACAUCGCGUGGAAAAACCGCGACACCGGCGUUUUCAAAAUCGUCGACCCGGCCGGUCUCGCCAAACUUUGGGGAAUACAAAAAAAUCACCUUUCCAUGAACUACGACAAAAUGUCACGCGCCUUGCGGUAUUAUUACAGAGUAAACAUACUGCGAAAAGUCCAGGGCGAGCGCCAUUGUUAUCAAUUUCUGAGAAAUCCUACGGAAUUGAAGAAUAUCAAGAAUAUCUCUCUCCUCCGUCAGCAGAUGUCCCCAAACCGCCCCGCGCCCCAACCGCAACCACAAGUAGUCCAUAUGACAAUUAAACCAGAACCCGCCGAAGUCGACCAAGACACUAGCAGACUGCAAGAGUUUGACGAAAAACCUACAGAUUUAAGCAUGGAUGGCCCCACGGACCUCAGCAGUAAUAGUAGUAGGCACAUUAGCAUUGUAUGUUCCCCCGAUACUCCCAGUCUCAGAGACCCUCCACAAAAAAACUUCUAUAUAAAAGAAGAAAUAAAGUGAUAGUGUAGAUUUAAUUUAUAAACCUCGUAACUUAACGUGCCAAUUAAUAACGAUAUCAAAAUGUGCAAGAAUUAGUGAUAACAAGAAGUGACUAUUUUUAACGGUUUUAAAGUGUAAAUAAUUUAUGUAAAGUAGAUAUGUGCCAAAACCUCUAUUGUAGAUAAAUUCAAGCUGAAACAUGAUAACAAUUACAAUAUUCCUCGGAAAUAUUGUAUUGAACAAAAUUUUCGUGUUGCGCACAAAAUUUUAGGCAGCUAAUUUUUUAUGAUCACCUUGUGAUACUAUUGACAAUAAUUUAAUACAAAAAAAAGUGAUGUACAAAAAGAGAUGGACUGGAACGCUACAAAUUGUCAAUCAUCUUUGGGGGCCACUAGCUGCAUAUUUUUUGAAAAUGAAAUUUGCAACAUUCCAUUGAUAGUUGCACCCAGUAUGCCUUAUCUAUUGAAAAAUGUUAAUAUUAAGAAAAUUUACAAAAAGCGGGACAUUCAUUUCCAGCUCUGUUUCUGUGAUCUCUUAUUAUAUAAAUUAAACUCAAAAUGUGUGAUUUAAUAUAAUAUUUAAUCAACCACAUAUAUAUUGAUAGAAUGUAGAUUGUAUUAAUUUCAUAUAAAAAAGAGACAAUGUUUAGGAUAGUGUGGGUAGACUGCCCAAGAGCUUUACUUAGAAUGAACGAAUUUUUGUGUCAAAUUGGUAUAUUUUGUUCCAAGAUUUUAAUGUUAAUUUAGUGUAAUAUACUGGACAAGACGGUUUUUUUAAGCCGCGCGUACCUUUUGUAUGAAGUUUAUUUUAUUGUUAAUGUAACAAAUGUUUGAAAUAUACAAUAUAAUUCGA